AUGGCGCACAAGCCCCUUACUGACGAAGGUCGGCAGACGCGGCAGUUCCUCUUGGGGUUCGCUGUAGUCCUCAUUCUCUUCUACGUUUUGUUUCUCGAACCCUCGAACAAGGACACAGAGUCCAUCCGUCUCAGUCACUACAUGAAUGAUGACCCCCCCGUUGUCGAUGUAGUCAAGAGCAGCAUUGACUGGGGCAAGAUUGAUCUUGUGUACCCUCAACCCCCAAAGCCGCCCGGCGGUAACACUGCUCUGCCUCGCCAUAGAAGCCCGUCAUUUCCCAAGAUUCAGUAUUCCUUUGGCCCGCAGUCUAAGGCCGAAAUUGAGAAGAAGCGGAGCCGUCGCCAAGUUGUGCGCGACGUUUUUGAGAAGGACUGGCAACACUACCGUGCACACGCAUGGAUGAAGGAUGCUGUUAAUCCUAUUUCUGGCACCGCCAAAGACCAAUUUUCAGGCUGGGCAGCGACUCUUGUCGAUUCUCUCGACACGCUAUGGAUCAUGGGGCUCCGAGCUGAAUUUGACGAGGCCGUCGAGGCCGUCGCCAAGAUUGACUUUGGACAAUCCUCCACAUCCCGAGUCAAUAUGUUUGAAUCUACAAUUCGUUACCUUGGCGGCCUGCUGGCCGCUUAUGAUCUCAGCAAACGUAACGUACUCCUCACCAAGGCCAUCGAGAUUGGUGAUCUUCUUUACGGCGCCUUCAAUACACCAAAUCACAUGCCCGUCGACUUCAUCAGCUUCAAUCAAGCCAAGACCGGUCAAGGGCUCACCGUCGAGGCCUGGGUUGUAUCGGCCUCGCCUGGGACUCUAUCACUUGAAAUGACGCGACUGUCUCAGGUCACUGGCGACAUGAAGUACUACGAUGCUGUCACGGGCGUCAUGGAGGUAUUCCGAGACCAGCAGUCAAAGACUCACCUACCUGGUCUGUGGCCCAUCUGGGUGUCCAUGAGAGACAAAAACGUCAGCGCAAGAAGAGAGUUCACCAUUGGAGGUAGCGCUGACUCACUAUUUGAGUACCUUCCGAAGAUGUACGCCCUCCUCGGCGGCUCAAGCCCCAUGUAUGAGACCAUGACAAAAGACUUUCUCAAGACAGCGAAUGAAGUCAUGUUUUUCCGGCCCAUGCUUCCCGAUGAGGCCGAUAUCCUUAUAUCUGGCAACGUUAAGGUCAGCGAAGAGGGCAAGGUCAUUUUCGACCCCGAGAGCGAGCAUCUGACGUGCUUCAUCGGCGGUACCGUCUCUCUGGCCGGGCGCAUAUUCAACAAGCCCGAGGAGAGCUUCUGGCUUGCCGAGACGCUCAAAUACUUUUAUCUCGUUUUUUCACCAUCUGAUUUAAUCAGCCUGGAUGAAUACGUUUUGAACACCGAAGCACACCCUUUCCGGAUGCCUGAGCGAAUGUGA